AUGUAUGUCGGUCAAAUUUCCAACACUCAGCCUAACAUGAACAACACACAACCCCAACUCCAUCAGAUACGUUGCAUAAAUAAAUUUGGGUAUUUGACAGAACCUGGAUGGAGAAACAUCGGUAACAAAUGGUUAGUGAAAUUCCCUGAGGAGUACACUGUAAAGAAACUACCACUCAUGAAGUUGGCAGGAAGAGAUCCUACCACAGGUAAAAAAGUGUAUGGUGGUCUUGGAGGUGGACACAAGAAAAAGUACCGAUGGGUUGAUAAUGUUCGUUCUGGACCAAAGGAAGGGCCUCCAUUGGUUGAAAAAAUCUUGAGACUGCAAUAUGACCCAUGUCGAAGUUCAAAAAUUGCAUUGGUAGCAGCUGGAGACAGAGUAAGGUACAUUUUAGCAUCCUCAACUAUGAAAGUUGGAGAUUUAAUAUCAACAUCUGGGCACAUCCCCAGAAAUGCAAUUCGACCAAAAGAAGGAGAUGCUCAUCCAUUGGGAGCACUGCCAGUAGGCACUGAAGUUUGUACUCUAAGCUAG